UAAUUUCUAAAACAAAAUCGGAUGAGUUCAUUUCACCAUAUCUCUUACAAAUUUCAAUUCAUUGAUUCCUUCCUCCAUAAAUGCUUUUUUCUGCAUAAAUGGCAACCGUUUCAAUCCAUUUCCCCCAAUUUCCCCCCUCUCAAUAACGCCUCUCUCUCUCUCUCUCUUUCAAUUCAUCCUUUAAUUUCAAUUCAUUUCUCUGUUUCUCUCUGUAGAUGGAUUCCCUAGGUUCGUAUCCGAUCAAUUUCGGUUCCGGUAGGGUUCCGAUCUCCAGCGACAGCGAUGAAUUGAAGAAAAACCGCCCGAUUUGGAGGAGAAGGAUGAGCCAAGCGGCGGCGGAAUGGCUGAACCGACGAUCCUUCGCGGCGAAAAUUGGUAUUAUUGUGGCCGUGACGGUGCUUGCGUUGGUGAUUUUGAAGCAUACUGUUAAGAAUCAUAAUUACUUCUUCAUGGCCGGAGAAUCCAUUCACGCCGCCGGGCUUCUCGUCCUCGCUUAUAAGCUCACCACUCAUAAAACCUGCUCCGGUAUAUCUUCAAAAAGUCAAGAACUCACAGCUCUGUUUCUUGUUGUAAGAUUGGUGUGUGGGUCAAUCAUGGAAAUUGAUAUUUACACACUUUUUGACUUAAUUACCUUCCUCUCCACUCUUUGGGUCAUCUACAUGAUUCGCUUCAAGUUGAAAAAUACCUAUACAAAAUCCCUUGACAACUUCCCUUUGUAUUAUGUGGUGGUGCCUUCUCUAAUUCUUUCUUUCUUCAUCUUUCCCUAUACACACCAUAAUCAUUUGGUUCGUGUGACAUGGGCAUUUGGUGUUUACUUAGAAUCCUUUUCAGUGUUGCCUCAACUUAGGCUUAUGCAAAAUGCUAAGAUGAUAGAGCCUUUCACAGCCCAUUAUGUGUUUGCUUUGGGAAUUUCUAGAUUCUUGGCUUUUGCUCAUUGGGUUAUUCAGGUUUACGAAACUCGUGGAGAAUAUUUGCUAUUGGUUGGCAAUGGUUACUUUUGGUUCAUGGCGGCUUUCCUUGCAGAAAUGAUUCAAUCCUUUAUUUUGGCUGACUUUUGUUAUUACUAUAUAAAAAGUGUGAUGCAAGGCAAAUUGAGGAUGCCUGUUUAAAGUCUUAUUGCUCUCCAAGUAAAUUGAAAAUUCAACAUUUUAGAGGUUUCAAAUUUGACAUACUAAUUUAAACCUUUUGUUGCUACACUUGCUAGCUUGUGGAAAUUUAAUAAUGUACCCUUUUUUCCUUCAUUACUAAUAAUUCCCAUUAUUUUGGCCUUUUUUUUUUUUUUUUUUAGUAAAUAUCAAUUUAUAUCCCAAAACAU